UGUUUUAAGCGGCAUUGCUUCCCGAAGGUUACCGUGAGGUGAGAGCUACACAGCCGCGGAGCGUCACUGCUGGGGUGUUGUGGCCAGGAGUGUUUGGCCUAUCUGUAGCGCUAGUGUUGGGCUCAGGAAGUAGUGAAAAGCUGAGGGCGAGGUGAAGUCUCUGUGGAGCCCGUAGGCUUAGCAAUGAAGAGGAUAUUUGGGUUCGGGAGUAAGAAGGGCGUGUCGCCCUUGGGCUCCGCUUCUGUUGGGCAGAAGAAUAAUAGGAUUGACAACUUCCUGAUGGGUUACCACGUCCGAGACAGAGAUCUCGGAAAGAUCCACAAGGCUGCCUGCGUGGGCAACGUAGCGAAAGUGCAGCAGAUUCUGUUCUUGGGGAAAAAUGGCGUGGAUGAUAGAGACAAGAUGAACAGGACUGCUCUCCAUUUGGCCUGUGCCAAUGGCCAUCCAGAAGUGGUGACCCUCCUAAUAGAGAGGAAAUGCCAUCUUAACCUCUGUGAUAAUGAAAACAGGACAGCUCUCAUGAAGGCCGUACAGUGCCAGGAAGAGAAAUGUGUAAACAUACUGUUGGAAAAUGGUGCCGAUCCAAAUAUUAGGGAUGUGAGUGGCAACACUGCUCUCCACUAUGCUGCCUUUGGUGAUAAUAUAUCCAUAAUAGAGAAGCUGCUGCUAUACAAUGCAAAUACUGAAGCAAUAAAUAAGGAUAACUUCACACCACUUCUAGUUGCUGUAAAUGAAAACAAACAGCAAAUAGUGGAAUUUUUAAUAGAAAAGGCAGCAAAUAUACAUGCAGUUGAUAAAUUAAAAAGCAAUUACGAAAUAAUUUGCAGACAUAAAGAAGAAAUCAUGCUUAAAAAUUCUUUGCAAAAUAGCAGUCCAGUAGAAGAUAAGAAUUCUGAGGAAGACUCUUUAACCAGGCUUUCCGACAAACCUGGUAUUGAUGAUUCAUGGCCUACAUCAGAUAGCGAAGACUUAGAUUUUGGUACCAAGAAUGUCCCGAAACCAAGUGUAGCAAAGCUACUGCAUUCUUCUGGGCAAUUCAUGAAAAACAUGAGAGCAAAACGUGGCUCUGUGAAAGCAGAAGGUGGAACAUUAUCUGAGGACAAUAAUCCUGAUUCUGAAAAUGAAGAUGUGGGUGAAACUCUUUCCAAACCACCAACCAGAGAUUAUGGCGAUUCUCUUCCUAUUUUUCCAUCAGCUAAAUCUCUUCUAAAACCUUCUCUCAAGACGUUAGCUGUCCUUGGUCUUCCAAAGGAAGGAACAGCAAAGUCAGCAAUGGAAGCAAAGGAAGAUGGUAUUGGUAUUAUUGAAAAUGUGCCACCAGAGCAAACAGUUAAUGACAGUUUGACUUCUGGUGGAGUGCAUAAAAAUUACAGAAGUGAUAUGAUGUCAGCAUUAGGAUUAGGAGAAGAGGAAGAUGUAGAAUCACCUUCUGAUCCUGAGAGUAUGUCUGAGAGUCCAAACAAAUAUGUUCCUCAUUUAUCUGGAGCUGCGGAUCAGAAAGGGCAAAGUAUAUUAAAUGGACAAGUAGAAGAUGUGUUUUAUAUACCUUCUUGCAUGAGUGGAUCAAGAAACUUUAAGAUGGCUAAACUAGAGGAUACAAGAAAUGUAGGCAUACCAGUAACCCACAUGGAUCCUCCUGAAAAAUAUCCUCACUUGAAGCCUACCGUUGAAGUGGAAGAUUCUUUUUCUGAUAAAACAGUAGGAAUGAAAGAUAUACAGACAUCCAGAUCAGAUUUUUCGGAUUGGGAGUCUACUAGUUUGACCUUCGGUAAUGAGACUUGUCAAACAUCCAAGAAUUUGAAGGUUGAUGAUAAAUGCACAUUUGUAUCACAACCAAUGAUCAAAAAUCAGUCAGCAUCCACAGAUUCUGGACCGAUAACCUUAAUAGAUAAAGAAAAGAUUAAUAUUGGAACUGUGCUGCUGUUAGGUAAUUGUACACUCCAUGACCUGAGUGAAUCACAGUUACCAGAAAACAGAGAGAGCAAAGAAGCAGACCUAGACUUAGAAUUAACAUCAGUGGAAGAGCGAGAAAGGCUUGAUGGAAGUGAAAAUAACCACCCACAGUAUCAAAUUCCAUUAAAGGUUGAAGAAAAAAAGAAGCACAGAAGUAGUGACAUGGAAGUAUCAGAAAACAUACAUGAUGCUGCGGCUGCUGGAUUAAUUCAACAAAGAAAGAAUGGAAAAACUGAUAACCAUCAAUUUCCUAUUACAGAAAAUAAAGAUUCUGAUAGUGAACCUGGUUUACAUAAGAAGUUAAAGAAAGGUGAAGAUGAAGAAGGGACAUCAGAAGAAUCUGUGAUCACACCAGUGUUGAAGAAGGCCGAUUCCCUAACUGGUGGUCUACUACAAAUGAAUGAGAACAGCAGUUUAAGUGAAAAGGAUCAGCAUGAAAGCAGACCUGCAAAGAAAAUUUCUAAGAAAAAGAACAAGGUCAAAAAGCAAGUUACGUCUAUGGAUGACCUUGUCGACUUAAUUCAGUCAUCUGAAACAGCUUCAGAGGAUUGUGAGUUGCCUUACUCUAAGAAUUUCAUGUUGCUAGUUGAACAACUUGGCAUGGAUUGUAAAGAUACUGUUGGCUUCUUGAAAAUCCAAGAUAUAGUUCUUUCCUAUGAAAGAUUAAUGAAACUUAACAAAAGUCACUGUAAACUACUUACAGGAAAAAUUAAAAAAAUGGAAAAAACAGUUAGUGCACUACAAAACGAGCUACGAGAAGCAAAAGACAUGAAAUCACGGUUAGAGCAUCAAAAAGUGGAAUGGGAACAUGAAUUCUGCAGUUUGAGAUUUACUUUAAAACAAGAAGAAGAAAAAAGAAGAAAUGCUGAUAUGUUAUAUGAAAAAAUUAGGGAGAGGUUAAGAAGAAAAGAAGACCAAUAUAAUAAAGAAGUUGAAACAAAACAACAAUUUGAACUCGCUCUUAGAACACUAAACAUGGAAUUGAAGGCCGCAAAAAAUCAUUUGAAUCAGGUUGUAGAAAAGUGCAGUGACACUCAGUGGCAACUUUCUCCACCACAGAAUGCCAGAGAAUUCCAGGAUGGAAUUCUAAACAAUCACCUUUGCAAACAAAAGGAGAUAGAAAUGGCUCAUAAGAAAACUAAUUCUAAGCUUUCUGAUAGUCAUGAGAAAAAACAAGACCUGUUGCAUAAAAACCACAUGUUGCAGGAUGAAAUUGCCAUGCUAAGACUGGAAAUAGACACCAUAAAAAAUCAGAACCAGGGAAAGGAAACGAAAUAUUGUGAAGACAUUGAAAUUGUAAAAGAAGAGAAUGACAAUCUUCAAAAGACCAUAAAACAGAAUGAGGAAACAUUAUCAAAAACAAUAUUCCAAUAUAGUGGACAGCUUAAUGUUCUGACUGCUGAGAUUACGAUGCUAAACUCUAAACUGGAGCAUGAAAAACAAAAUAAAGAAAGCCUGGAAGCAGAAGUUGAAUCAUACCGUGCUAGACUGGCUACUGCUGUACACGAUCAUGAUCAGAGUCAGACAUCAAGAAGAGACCUAGAACUUGCUUUCCAGAGAGCAAGAGAUGAAUGGUUUCACUUACAGGACAAAAUGAAUUUUGAUGUGUCUAAUCUACAAGAUAACAAUGAAGUUCUUUCUCAGCAACUUUCUCAAGUUGAAAGUAAACUCAAUGCCCUGGAAAUUGAGCUCCAUCACACAAAAGAUGCUCUCAGAGAAAAGACUUUAGUUUUAGAAUGUGUACAAAGGGACCUAAGCCAAACACAAUGCCAGAAGACGGAAAUUGAACACAUGUAUCAGAACGAACAAAGUAAAGUGAAUAAAUACAUUGCAAAGCAGGAAUCCUUAGAGGAAAGGUUAUCUCAACUACAAAGUGAAAAUAUGUUGCUUAGACAGCAACUAGAUGAUGCUCACAACAAAGCGGACAGUAAAGAAAAGCUAGUAAUUAAUAUCCAAGACCAGUUUCAGAAUAUCAUAAAAAAACUUGAAGCUAAAAGUGAAGAACAAGGUCUUAUGCUGGGAGAAAGAAAUAAAGAGUUAAUCGAUGAAUGUAAACAUUUAAAAGAAAGAAUGUAUCAUUAUGAAAAUGAGAAAGCAAAAAUAGAAGUAGUUAUGAGACAACUUCAACAAGAACUGGCUGAUACUCUGAAGAAACAGUCUAUGUCAGAGGCUUCCCUGGAGGUUACAUCACGUUAUCGUCUUAGUUUAGAAGAUGAGACACGGGAUCUAAAGAAGAAAUUAGGUCAAGUCAGAAGUCAGUUGCAAGAAGCACAGGAUCAACAUGCAGAGGCCGUAAGAUAUGCUGAGAAGACGAAAGAUCAUAUGCAAAAGCUAGAGGUUAAAAAUACCAGGCAAGAAGAAACCAUCAAACAGCAAGCAGCCCAAAUUCAAGAUCUUCAGAGCAACUUGUUAAGGACAAGUUUGGCUGAUGACCUUACAACAAAACUGGAAACUACAUCUUCAAAAUGUCUUCACCUGGAUGCAAAAAAUCAAGUUCUUCAACAGGAGUUAUUGUCAAUGAAAGCUUUAGGAAAAAAAUGUGAAAAACUAGAGAGCAAUAGCAAGAAGUUACAACAAGAAGUCGUAAAAUUGAAAAGUUUUAUGGAAAUGAAUAUGGUAGAACGCAGUCAAGUGGAACAGUAUAAACGGGAGAUUGAAGAAAGAGCACGACUGGAGAUAGUAGAAAAAUUAAAGGAAGUCAAUCUGUUUUUACAGGCACAAGCAGCAGCUCAAGAAAACUUAGACCAGUUAAGAGAAAAUGCUCAUGCUUCAAUGAGAAGUCAAAUGGAACUUAGAAUUAAAGAUCUGGAAUCUCAGGUCUCUACAAUGAAGACUUCUCAAGAAGAUUCUACUAAAACAGAGUUGGAAACAUACAGGCAACUCUACCUAGAAGAAUUAAAAGCUAGAAAGUCCUUGAGAAAUAAGCUGAACAGGACUAAUGAGAGACUGUCAGAAAUCAAUACAAAACUUCUGGUAGAGAGACAGCACCAAACUUUACUCAGCACUCUUACUAUGAGGUCAGGCCUGGAACCACCUUAUUGUGGACAUUUUGAAAAUAAUUUAGUGCUCAAUAGAAAUCUUACUCCAAGAGGAAACUUAGUGAUUCCUACCUCAAACCCACGGCCGUCAUAUGACUAUAGGGAGACUUCCUUGUGGAAGAUGCAGUGGGAGUUGGAAAAAAGUAUAACCAAAGCACUAGAAGAAGCUGCUACUGAAUUUGAAUCAGGAUCCUGUAGAACUCCUUUAGUAUCUACUGAUGAUUCAAUUCUAAAUCAAGACCUGGUAUGGAAAGCGUCACAAGAAUAUGUACAGAUUUUGAACAAAAAGUAUAUGAUUUGAAAAAUAAAUAGAAAAAAUUUACUGGAUGCUUACAAAACAUUUUCAUUGUUUCCCAAUUGAACACACUAUAUGGUAAAAUCUUGAUUAAAGGAAAAUGUUUUUGUAUCAUAUGUGUGUGAUGAAAAUCUGUAUAAUAUUUUAAACUAUGUUUCUUGGCAUCUCAUUAACUUUUAAGCACAUUUUGUACGUGGAAACCAGCACUAGAGGGUUUUACAUACUUCAGACCACUCCACUACCAGCUGUUUGAACAGCACCCAAACAACCAAGUUGCCAUUAAUACUUAAGUAGUGUUAAUGGAUGGCUUUUGUAUUUUCCAAUUUUUGUUACUAUAUGUGGACCUAAAGAUUUAGACAUUAUUUUGAUGUAUUCCUGCUAUGGCUAUUGCCAAUGUUUGUAUGUAUUACAAUUUUUUAUAAUGCCAUAAAACCUAUGUAUAAUUGUAAACACUGAUUCAUAGCUCUUUCCACAUGGAGAAAUAAAAUUUGCCUAAGGCUUUUCA